AUGAUUCGCCAUGUCGACGAUUUGCACGCUUUGCCACCAUUCUGGUAUCCUGCCAUGACGCGGGCUGCAAAGAAACCGAAGCUGCAAGUUGAGCGUUUCAUUCAGCCAAGCUCCACACCCAUGCCAGCAGUUAAGUUGAUACGGGAAUACGCACUUACUAAUGGACGCACUACUCUACAAACAGGGCAUGUUUCACUUGGCGGGGCCACACUUGAUAGUGAACCAGAUGAUUCACUAUACGAACCUCACGCCAUCCAGGAUUGGCCGGACUACAAUGAUUGGGAUGAAGUCUCUCCGUUUUGUGAUCCUCCGAUCAUCACGGGCGACGCUCUGCAGGAUAAGCGCAAAGAAUAUGCUGCAACCAUAUUUCUGGAGGGUCGUGGUCACGAAGGCCAGUGCACAGUCUGCCGCUGUGGCAGUGAAAUUGAAGAACCCAAGUACCGAUGCAGGGACUGUUUCGGCAUGGAAAUGUACUGUCGACAUUGCACUGUUGAGCACCAUCAAUCCAGUCCACUGCAUGUUAUUGAAGAGUGGAACAGCUCUUUUUUCCAGCGCGCACACCUCAAGUCCCUUGGUUUAUGUGUGCAACUGGGACAUCCUCCCAGUGACCACUGUUACAAUCCACGUCCCUCAACAGGCAAUGACUUCACCGUUGUUGACAUCAAUGGGAUCCAUGAUGUCGCGCUAGAUUUUUGUGGCUGUCACACUGCCCAACUGUGCUACAAGCAACUAUUACGAGUGCAAUGGUAUCUGGCAACAACGACGGAUCCGCAAACAGCUGCAACAUUCAAUGUACUUGAGCACUAUCAGCUGCUGUCAUUCAAGUCAAAUAUUUCGGCCUACGAAUUUUAUCACAGCCUAGCCAGGCGCUCCAACAAUACUGGAUUGUCGCCCAUCAAGGACCGUUAUUCAGCGUUCAUGAGGAUAGUACAUGAAUGGCGUCACCUUCUACAACUCAGGCGUAGUGGCCGAGGUCACGACCCUGGUGGCGUCGCAGAAACAAAAGCUGGCGAACUUGCGGUAGUUUGUCCAGCAUGCCCCCAUGCAGGCAAGAAUUUACCCCAAGGUUGGGAGAAUUCACCUCCAGCAACAAGGCAAGUUGACAGAUGGUUGUAUGCACUCUUCGUCGCUAUAGAUGCGAAUUUCCUGGAUCCUGGUUUAAAUACAGGAUGGGCCUAUUUUGUGGAGGAGUGUGCAUACAAGAGCUACCUAUCUGAGCAAGCCAAUGAACAACAAGAGCGCAGUACCUGUGUUAGUCAUAACACAGUUAAUAUGGCUGACACGAAAUCUUCACGAGGCUUGGCAGCUACUGGUAUAGGUACCAUCGACUGCGCUCGACAUGAAUUCAAAUUGCCAAAUGGGGUAGGCGAUCUACAGAAAGGCGAAAGGUAUUUAAAUAUGGAUUAUAUCGUUUUUUCGGCCCUUGUCGGAUUCACAGUGACUGUGCUAAAUAUCUCCUACGAUAUAGCUUGUCAAUGGUCAAAAAACCUAUGGAACAGAAUGGAACACAUGCCGGCUCGGCUCCAUAUACCUCGUGACGAUGUGCUGGUUCAAUAUUUCAUACCGAAGUUUCAUAUCACGGCCCAUAUCGCAGCCUGUCAGCUCACAUUCUCCUGGAACUUUACCAAGUGGGUAGGUAGGACUGAUGGUGAAGCACCAGAACGAGGUUGGGCAAAUGCCAACCGUGUCGCAUCUAGCACGAAGGAAAUGGGGCCAGGAACUCGAUGUGACACCUUAGACGAUCACUUCAGUGAUUGGAAUUGGAAAAAGACGACAACACUUGACUCUCAAGGCCGUACGUUGAAGCGCAAGAUGGAAAACACCAUAAAGUGGGAACGGGAACAUCAUGUCGCCUUGUACGAUGUGGAAGGAACAAUUCAGCCUGUGCUGCUGGACGAGUGGGGAACAGAAGUCGAGAUGUGGGAGGAGGACAACACUCGCCCAAAUCUGUUCGAAAGCAAGCUUGCUUCUAUUGCGCAGGCCGCAGUAAGGUCACAGCUCGCAGAAUUGGAAGCACAAGAGCUGCGGGAAGGGAUCAACCACUCUCUCGACGACAAUGUCUCACCUAGCACAACGGCUCAAACACGACAUUUCAGAACUAAUGCACUACAGAGACGCAUCAAUUCCUGGACCCGCUAUCAACAACUCUAUAUGCCUAUUGUCUCCACGCUGCGCUCAUCAACAAAUCCAAGUCCAGGUGCCCCCCAAACACUUAAGCCGCAGGAUUUUCCACUCUAUCUACCAUCAGCUCUCAAUCAUCUCGACUGCAAUCACCGUUUAAUGAAGCACGAAUGGAAACUUCAGCAGGCACAAGCUCACGAUGCCCUCAACGAGCUCCGCUCCCACCUUCAUUUACGUUCGCACAUUUACAAAUUCAAAGACAAGAACUUACGGGGCCAAGCAGCUUCUACCCGUGCACAAAAUCUGAUUGCACGCGUUGAAGCAAAGAAAGAUGCGGCGGUAGCGAGAUACAGCUGUCGGUUGGAUGAGAUGGGCUGGGAGGCAACACUUCGACCCCUCAGACACGAGGACAUUCGGCCUAUGGGCGAUUUCACAGGUGAUCGCACUCAAGGCACCAGGACAAUCUCGUGGAUCUGGCUGACGACAGAUGUCGACACCAGUCCACCCGAGAAUGAAAGUGUUCAAGAUUGUGUUCGUAUCGAAUGGUGCAAGGCACGCGCACGCGCAGCUCGAUGGUCCGAGGAAGUAGAGUUGCUGGUCGAAGAAAUGAGACGAGUACUUGCCUUUCUGGAAUGGCAAGGCCCCUGGUGGCAUCAGCGCACAAUGCUGCGCUCAUCGGAGAAGACUACCGAGCAAGAGGGCUUGCAGGCAUAUGCCUACUGUCAAGCCGCACUCCGUUCUGCGAUGCGGACCUCAUUCCAAGCUCGGCACAACAUGAGCACAACUUGA